AUGUCUGUCAUGACUACUCGAUUGGACUCUCGCAAAUCGCUUCUAGGGGCGGACAACGGCUACGGAUACGGCCACUCGUACAACAACUCAUACGACAACAGCUACGCCCCAUCUCCUGUUCCAUCGCCGCAGCCCAUCCCUCAACCUCCCGCAUUCCAGGCCGCCGUUGAGCCAACAUACAACCAAGGUUUCGCCUACCGGGAAGGACUCACUCCUUCUGUUCCUCCACAAAGUAUGAAGAACGGCAAGAUCGAUUUCAUGAAGAGCCGAUGGCCGGCUUGCUUCAUGGCUGUUUCUCUCCUGCAGGCCGUCCUCUGUAUUUGCUUCGAAGCAUACAUCUUUGGCAAAUUCCAGGUCAACCUUGGUGCUCAUAACCCCGAUCCCGAAGUUCAAUCUCAGUACAAAACUAUUCCUACUUUCCUGACGCUCUUUAUUUUCGGAUUCCUUUACACUCUCGUUGUUGUUUGGGAUGCUCUUCGCCAAAAGAACACCAUUCAGAUCAUCGGUGUCUGCUUCUCCAACCUCGCCCUCAUGGUUUACACCACCAUUCAAGUCGAUCAAAUUAAAGAGGCCUUUGACAUUCUUGGUGAAAAGAACGCCCUCCGACCCGAAAUGCCUGCAGCAGAACUCUGGCAUGAUGUGAAGCCUUACCUCGUGGCUAUUCCCGCCAUCAUUGCCCUUGCUACCCUUGUCAUGGGCUUCCUUUCUUGGAAGAUCUACCAAGAGUAUGCUUGGGAUAUUCUGAAGAACAUUGGUGCUGAUUAUCGCAUGAAGAAGCGAUUCCUUCACUACCAGAUUUACAUCGCUCUGCUCAAGUUCGAUUUCUUCUUCUUCCUCGGCUUCAUCGUUCAGUUCGUUGUCGUCGUCGCCGACAAGGAUGAUCCUGAAUUCGCCCUGACCAUUGUCACCAUUCCCAUCACCAUUUUGAUUCUCCUAGCUGCCGCUUUCUUCACCCGCCGCGAGAACAAGGCCGGCAUGGUCGCUAUCAUUGUUCUUUACCUCGGAGGUCUCAGCUACUUCAUCUUCAAGUUGGUUCGGAUUUAUCAACCCGGACACAAGCAAAACUACGAAGCCGUUCGCCGAUCGUUGACUGCAUUCGCCGUCAUCACCAUUCUUCUCAUCCUCCUCACCAUCAUCAACGCCGUCGUGUGUAUGCUCAACUUUGGCAAGGGACUCAAGCCUCAUCUCCAGGCUUUGUCUCGCAAGCGCAAGGUUGAGGAGAAGCCCGAUGUCAACUCGAUCAACAUGCAGGAUGUCAAGCCUCAAAUUCCCAGUCGCAUGACUAUCGAUUAA